ACAACAUGAAGACCAGAAUUGUGUUCCUUCUUGUCCUGGUUCAGCUCUCCCAGGCCCAUGCGGACGUGACCUUCAAGCAGCUGAGGGAGAACCAGUCCUUGGAGCUGUUCUGCCCCCCCCAGCAGGACCACAAGGAUCUGACAAGCCUCCACCUGUACCACAGCCGAGGCCACGCCCAGACCACGCUGCUGUCAGUCCGCCAAGAUGGCGGCGGCGGCGGCGGCGAGGAGCUGAGGAUGGACCCCGACUACAAGCGCCGCCUGCAGGUGUCCGGGGGUCGGAACACCUCGCGGGUGAAGGUGACCUUGCUGGGUUUGGAGGCAGGUGACUCGGGCUUGUAUGUCUGUGAGCACGUCUACAGAGACAACCGCUCACAGCACACCUUCUUCACCGCUCACACGCUCCUCCUGUCGGUCACCAGCUCAGGGAGGAAGUGCCAGUGCUCUUCCAGCUACCCCCUUCUGAUCACGGCCAUCUUUUCAGUGACCUGCCUCCUUUCCAUUGUGCUCCUGUGGCUCGCCGUGGAAAGAUGUGUAAAGACGAGGCAACAUCCCAGUGCACCAGCUGCUGCUCCAGUCUAUGAGGAAAUGAGCAGGAAGCAGCAACAUUCCGGAAUAAUGAAUAAGCAGGAAGUGCCCUCACACCUGGAGGAGGUCACCUCUCCAUUGUAUGCCAACAUGAAACAAACACAUGACAACGCCUACGCUUGCCCCAGACACAUCGCCCUGAAAGCCUGAGUGAAGGUGGCUCAGUGGAGACCCCCUUAAUGGAGCUCUUUUAACAACAUCUAUAGUCGAAAUAGAGCCUAUAAAACAUUCAAGUUAAAGUUAACUUUAACUUUAAUGGAGCACUUU